AUGCAACCAAUCAACACUUUCCUUUUGGCCAUUCUUCUCAUCGCCGCCGCACCAGUUGUCUUCUCCGAUGAAGUAGCUGUCACUCCAGCCCCUGGCGACGAGAUCGCAGUUCCAAGCGUUGACGAAGCUCUGCCAGCAACUGAAGCCGACGUGCCAACUGAAACCAAAGAAGAGACCGAAGAGGCCACUGAAGCAGCCGCCGUUGAAGCAACAGAAGCCCCAGAAGUUUCAGAAGUCCCAGAAGCUACCGAUGCCACUGCUCCAGAAGUCACCGAAGCUCCAGAAGCCGCUCCAGAAGUCCCGGAAGCCACCGAUGCCACUGAGCCAGAAGUCACCGAAGCUCCAGAAGCCGCUCCAGAAGUCCCGGAACCCACCGAUGCCACUGAGCCAGAAGUCACCGAAGCUCCAGAAGCUAAAGAAGCCGUCGUCACUGAGGCUCCAGAGGUCGUUGUCACCGAAGCUCCAGUGACUGAAGCUCCAGAAGUUGUCGAGGAAGUGACUUCUCGUCCAGCCUUCACCGAAGAGCCACAAGUCGCCGACGAUGAAGACGUUGAAGACGUCACCACCCUUGAGGACCUCUUCAACUCGACCACCAACUCGACUUCUGCCGGUUUCCGUUCUUCUGGAACAUUCUUCGUUGCUCCAAUUGUCCUCUACGCAUUGGUUCAAUGA